CGAGCACCUCACAGAAGUAUAAUCUUCAGCGAUAAUAACCAGAAUUUUCGAGAGAGAAAAAAAUCAAGAACUCGGAAUCAGGGUUUUCUCUCAGAUUCGUGAAAAUCUCGAAAGAGGAAUACGAUUUAAGCCUUAGGUCGAUUCCCUUAAGAUCAAACCCUAAAUCUAAUAUUCUCCCUUCCCAAUUUAUUUCAGAGAAAAAAGGAAUUUAGGGUUUCGGUCUCUCUUUCCCGGUGCCGGUUUUCACGAUCAGCGAUACGACUUUAUUCUCGACCGUUCCGUUUGAAAUCGUUAUAGCCGGAACCGUUAGGCCUAGGGUUUCGUUAAGAUGAACGACCAAUCGCAGAUGAUGAUGAAUUUGAACCAGAUGAGCCAGCCUCAGAUGAUGAAUCAGGUGCAGAUUAUAGGUCAGUCGCAGCCUCAGAUGCUCUCGCACAAUCAGGGAAUGAAUCAGCAAGCGCAGCAGCCUCAGAUGAAGACAUCGCAGAUUAUGAUGAACCAGUCUCAGCCUCAGCCUCCGAUGAUGAAUCGUGGAUACAACAAGGUUUGGUCUCAGCAACCUCCUCUGGACCCUAACAUGAAGUUUCAGAACCCUAUGAAACCGAAUUACCGGAGCAAUUGGAAGGGGAAGAAGGUCACUGACAAACGCAAGGACCCUAGGAGAAUGGAAAAACCCAAUCCAAGUGGAAUCGCUACUCUUAGUAUUUCCAACAGCGGUGUCGUUGGUUACCAGCCCCCAACGUUGCACGAGUUGCAAUCGCAAAAUCGCUUAAAAGCGCGUAAGUUUUAUCCUAAGAAGAAGUUUAAUAAUAGAUUCGCUCCUUAUGCCCCUAGGAAUACGACGUCGUUUAUUAUUCGUGCCAAGAAGUCCGGUGGCAUAGCAUCGCUUGUGUCGCCUUGCCCUGUGACCCCUGCAGUGCUUCCCACGCCUAUAUUGUCGCCGUCGAGGGAGGUGUUAGGGGAUAUGGCGAAGGAGGAGUGGGGUGUUGAUGGAUAUGGGUCGAUGAAGGGUUUGAUUAGACUUCGAUCGCCCGGGAAUGAGGCUGAUGUUCAUGAUUAUGAGGAUGAGGAGGACGGUGGGUCCAGUGAGAGUGAUGUGGAGGAACAUGUGGAGGUGGAGAGGAGGCUGGAUCAUGAUUUGAGCCGGUUUGAGAUGAUAUACCCGAACUAUGGCGUUGAGUAUAAUAAUGUGCUCGAGAAUAGGGUUGAUGAUCAGGAUUCCCAUAUAGCUCAAUUGGAAGAGGAGAAUUUGACUUUGAAGGAGCGCCUUUUCCUGAUGGAGAGAGAAUUGGGCGAUCUGCGAAGGAGGUUGCUGUUUCUUGAGAGGCAGAACCAGGCUGUGGAGGAUGUCAACGAGGAAGUUGUGGAGAAUGGGUCUGAUAAUGAGAGUGAGGGUGGAUCAGAUGUUCCAGUUAUAGGAAUUGAGAACAAUGUUGAGAUGGUUGACUCGCUGCCGGAAAGUGGGAGAGAUGGAAAUGUUGAGGCUGAUGCCAAGUUGGAUAAUGGUGGAGUAUUGGAGGCUGAAGGUGUAGAUGAUGUUUUUAUGGAAGGGUCUGUUCCAAAUGAGGCUAUUGUGAAGAAGGAUGAGAUCAGAGGUAAUGAAAUGGGGGGUGACUGUGUGUUUGAUGAAGUGAAGGAGAAGGAUGAGCAGCAGGAUGAAGUAGUGUCACGACAGUGUUUGACAGAUAAAUUUUUUGCAAAAGAUAAUGAGGUUAUGGAUAACAAAGAGAGUGAUGAUUUUGAAAUGCUGAACAGAAAUGAAGAAUCAACAAGUCAAGGAGCAACAGAUGAAAACACAAAUGACUUAGUCUUAAAUGAGAAGGAUGAAAGCAAGAAUCAAGUAGUUGGGACAAGCUCAGAGACUACUUCCGGAGAUGAUAAUUUGUCUGUCCCAUGUUAGCUUAAGUUGUUCAUCUGAAUAGACUUUUGAUGGGAAGGCCAGAGUAAAAUGAAUUCUACAACUUUUUAAUGCGUAAAUGUUGGUAUUUGUAGAUCGUAGAUUUUACUACGAUGGGAUAUCUGGUUUCACAAAUGUGCCAAUUGCAACUGUGUUGGAUAUUCCCGAGGAAUUAGAUGGAUGAUGCAGGGGUUCGGUAUUAGAAGGGUUCGCAUGGAAAAGGAUGCAGGGAUGCUAAUUUCGAAAGAGAAAAUGGAAAUGCUUUUGCCGAUACUAUUUGCUGCUAGGCUAUGCAAGUCAAAGGUGUAAAAAUAUAUGCCUAUUGGCAAACAAUUUUGUAAAUCUUGUAGUUGCGUGGUGUUAAGAGUUUGUAGUGCUAGUGCAUCUAAAAAAGAUAGAGCAAUAUCUUUGAAGUUACGAAUUGGUGUGGAUUACGUAAUAGCUGCUGCUUCAACUGCUUUAACUUGUCAGAUACUAUUCAUGCUUGCAGGUUCUGCACAAUUGCCCUUGUUGGUGUCUUAACAAAACCAAAAGAAUUGUUUGCUGAGAUCAUUGGCCUUUUUCUUAAUUUUGUUCGUCAACGAGUUCAUGUGUCCAGGAAUUGCUUGUAUGGCGAAGGAGCAGAUUCGUAAUUUCAGUCUUUAUUUUCUUCUGUCUUGCUACUCUUUCAGCAUGUUACAUGGCAAAGUAUCACUUAAAUUGAAUGGUUGACCUGACUUUCAUGCUGUUGAUCAUGUUAAUGGUGUUUUUCUUUUUUCUUUUUA